UUUAAUUUCAGAAAUCGUCCGUCUGUCCAGUCAUCCGUCACUCCAGUAUUCGGCGCUCUGUUGAAAUUGUCGGCAUAUACAACAAAAGAGCGCGGAGAUGUCGCGUUGGCGCGGCGUCAAUGGCGCCGGCUGAGCACGCUCGGCUAGGCGCCGAUGCGCGCCUGGCUGCUCGUGUGUGCGGCGCUCGCCUUCGCGCCCGGAACGACGUCGGCGACCGCCGCGCACCCGUCUCGCGUCAGAGACGACCAUAUCAAAGGACAGAUACUCGCCAAGCUGGGGCUUACAUCGAGACCAACGCCGCUGCGCGCGCCGCCUCGAGACGUGGUGCGCAAGAUCCUACAGCGAGCGGCCGAUCCUGCGCCAGCGCAUACCGACACCGAGCCGCAAGACAUGCGGGAAAUCAUCGCCAUUGCGCAUAGAGGUCCACACACACCAUGCCACACAUUUAACAUACAUACACCCCACGAACACACAAGCUCCUGCAGAAGUUGGAACUCAAAUAAUGUACCUAAGCGUUGA